CUCUGAUUGGCUAGUGGGCGCGGCAUAGCACGUGCUGCACAGUGAUGCACACUGUGGAAUUGGCUCUACGUUUUACGAUCGAGCUGCGCCGAUCACUUGUUGAUUUCUGGUCUCCAGACUUUCAAUAUUAUUAAAAGUCAGCGAUUACGGUGCGACGUUUUGUGUUUCCGCAUAGCUCGCGAUCCAGAUCGUAUCGCUCACUCCACAGGAUAGAUCCCGUUUCUGUCUCUGUCUCUGGAUCCAUUCUGGAUCUAGCUUUAGAUGGUAGCAGAGCCGACAGCGGUUCUCUGAUUUGAUUUGAUUUGUGUCAGGCAAAGUUGGCCUUUUAUCCGACGCGAUACCCGUGACCAGGAAGGCACAGGUCUGUUACACAGCAAAGCGCACACCACAAGCGGUGCAAAUUCCUAAUCUGACGCGGAUUUCCAGCUUCGGUUUUCGGUACGGUAUCUUCAGCGAAGAACCGUGCUGUUUCCUUAGCUGUGCAAGAGUUCAAGAGUUUCAGUCGUCAGUGUUCCUCGGUGUAGAGUCUUCAGCGAAGACCUACACUGGUGUCACUGAUACUCGGCAAGGCUUCAGCGAAGCCUAAGCCGUGGGCCACAAGAGGCGAAGCGCCGAAAGGGGCGCACGGGGAAAAGACAGAUCAGACUCCACCAAACUGGUCGUAGAGCACCACUACUGUUGCUACGGCACAGCCGGCACAGUAACAGACUAAUAGCGCGAGGCACGCUACGGAACAGCGGCGACGCGGGAACGGAUUUGGAGAAGAAUUGGAUCAUCUGGAUCAUUUUUCCCGUGGAACGGACGGACGUGGAACGGACGGACGGUUAACAGGUAGAAAAACCGUUAUUAAUUACGGGAUUGGCUAGUUGAUAAAUUUGGCAAUCUCUAUUGGUUCGUACUGAGCUGAGCGUAGACGUAGGCGGAGUUUUGCACACGGCGCGCAUGUCUGGCCGUUGACCGUGACGUCAGGCUAAUAUAAAAUUUAAAUGGUUUAACGUGAUUGGUCGGUUAUCUGAGCUGUGAUUGGCUGAAAUUUGAACUGAAUAAUUUGAGCUAGCGGACCAAUAGGAACGGAGUAAACAACGUAAAUGGGGAUUUUCCGUUGAACUUUAACUGCAAAGAGGCAAAUUGAGAUGAGACGAGAUAUUUGAAAAGAAAAGUGACCUUUAACUGAAAUUGAGCUGGAAAGUGACCUUUAACUGAAAUUGAGCUGGAAAGUGACCUUUAGCUGAAAUUGAGUUGGAAAGUGACCUUUGAUUUGAAUUGAGCUGGAAAGUGACCUUUAACUGAAAUUGAGCUGGAAAGUGACCUUUAGCUGAAAUUGAGUUGGAAAGUGACCUUUGAUUUGAAUUGAGCUGGAAAGUGACCUUUAACUGAAAUUGAGCUGGAAAGUGACCUUUAACUGAAAUUGAGUUGGAAAGUGACCUUUUGAGUUCAGACGAUUGGGAAAGUGACCUUUACCAAAAAGUUGGAAGUGAUUAGUGACCUUUAGGAUCUGAAAUUGGCAAAACGUGACCUUUAACGAAGUCGAAUAGUAUAGCGAUAUCAGCGGCUGUAGGAUUUUGUCUGUAAACGUGUUCCGAACUGUAAAAGCGGUUUCGAAGUUUUGUCGUAAAAAGUGACCUUUAGGGCAAAUCUCUCGAACUUUUUAUCGAAAAAGUGACCUUUAAACGGAACUUAGCCGAAAUCUUUCAAUCGAAAAGUGACCUUUAACCAGGACUUUGAAAAAUCUCGAAGUACGGAGUGACCUUUAGGACAAUUGAUUAAACCAUACAAUAACGUGUGUGUGAGAACAAUUGGCAGGGGCGUCAAAGUUAUCCGAUCAAAAUGGACAAAGACAAGGAACAACCCACUUCUACCGGCAGCCAGGGAAGCACAAGCUCCCGCAGCUCACAGCAAGGCGCACCAAACCCGUACAAAAAGGAUUUGCACACAUACUUGCGUCCAGUUGGACAUGAGCGGAAUACUCGAGCGCCUAAGGCAUUCGAGAAGAAGGAAUCGCGGGGCUCUGAUAGCACUUAUCAGAAGGCGCUCGAAGCGGUCGCAAAUCAGGAAAGCUCCAGUGACGACCAGAAGCACACUCCCGCGCCUGCGGCGGGAAGUGAACCGAUGAACCAGACAAAGGUCACUGGGGAGGAAAAAUCCACAGAAAGAGGAGCGGAACUAGCUGGAGCAUCACAGUCGGAUGCUACCACCAGCGUAACGGACGAGCAGGAUAAAAAUGUAAACCUGGCUCAAAUGGAAGUUGAAAAGACAAAGGUCACCGAAGAGGAACUGUCUGUACUGGGAUUGGAUGACCUUUCACUGAAUGAUAAGACCGCAAGCGAUGACCUUUGGGCAACUCCAAUGGUGUCAGAUGAAUCGAAUGAAUCGUAUUUCACGGACGACGAAGCAACGAUGAAUAUGUCGUUCCAAUCUGCCAUGAGACAAGCUGACCGGGCCGAAGGGAUGACACCUUUCAAGGAAAUACCCGAGCACCUUAUCGAAAGGACACAAACAGGAAAGGUCAUUAACGUACGACCACCGUCACCGAAUAGUCCUACGUCAACUCUGAAGAGACGCGUGAAGGAAUUGGAAGAAGAGCUCGAAGCCAAGGACGGCCAGGAGAUGAAGAAGAAACAGGAAUAUCAAAACCGGAUAGGAUCUCUGGAUGCUCGCAUUUAUGAAUUGGAGCAACAACAGGCUGACUUGGAAAGCACAGCGGACGGAUGGAAGAUCAAAUACGAACGUCAAAAGGAACUCGCUGAGGAAUACCUAAAGAUGGUAGAUGACAGAGAAAUGGAAGGUCAUCUUGCAGUCAGUGACCUUUACGAGAGUAUGUCGGAAGAAUCAGCGGAAAGGUCACGACACUUAGUAAAAUUGAAGGACGAGUGCGACGCAUUGAAACAAAAGGUCACCGAAGCGGAAGCUAAAAGAGACGAAUAUGGAAACAAACUUGCGGAAGCUACACAGCGACUGUUGACAAACACUAAUGAGGUGUUUAAACUCAGAAAUGAGUUGAAGCUGCGAGAUGAGAGCAUCGGAACUCUCCAGAAGGAAUCACAGGACCAUCAGAGAAGAGCCGACGAUGCCGUCAAAGUGGCUAAGGGCCUGCGUGAUCUUACAGCCACCGAAGGCGCACGGUUGAGCAAUGGAAUAAGACAGGUCAUGGAAGAGAAUAAGGUGCUGAAAGAAAACAUCGGAAAGGUCACCGAAGAGAAUACCGAGUUGAAAGGAGCCGCUAAAACAAUUGCCGAACAGGGCAUGAGGUGGAAACACGAGGCACACCUCUUGGACGUAAAGGUCACGGCGCUCGAACUGAAAGAUAAGGAGUGGCAACAAUCAGUCCACCAGAAGACACAAGAGAUCAUUAAACUCAACACGGAACUGAUUGAUAUGACCCAAACAGUAAUGACGAGAGAAGACGAGGUCACUCAGACAAAAAACCAGCUGAAGGCGGCAGCCGAGGAAUAUACGAAACUGGAAAGAGAUGUGACCCAGUUGGUGGAACACAUAAAAAAAGCGGAGAAUGACACUGAAAAGGUCAUCCAGGAGAAAACGUUCCAACUCCACCAGCACAUGUUGAAGGUCAAGGAGGAGAAUCAGAACUUGAAAACUGAGAAGGAAGAAUUCCAGCUGAAAGUCAGACGCCUUGAAGAAGAGAAUAAGGCCCUUAACAUGUCGAACAAACACAAGGAUGAACAGCUGUUGCAAUAUGGAGUCAGAAUUGCAACAGUGGAGUCACCACCGCCCAGUUACAGUAAAGCACAUGAAACGGGCACGGGCAAAAGUUUCCACUUUGAGAUGCCGCUACGAACUGGUACCGGUAAAGGAAAUGUUAAAAAUGAAACGAACGGUGACAAGGGCAAAGACGACAAAGAACUACCAUCAGGAGGUUAUCCGCAAACGAGUCACGGUGAUCCCUCCCAAUUUCCCCCGCACAUCGAAACGAACGUCUUCAUCGAUGAAGGGAGAAGAGACCGACCGCCCAGCCGGCAAGAGCGCCCACGGAAGUCCCGCUACGGAAAGGCGAAACGAAACCAAAAUGACGACGAAAGUAGCGAAGAGGAGGAUGACCCGACAGCAGAAACGACAGCCGCACAAUUGACAAAAGCACUCAAUUCGAUGGCUCGGAAAACGACGUUAGUGACCUUUGAUGGAAGUCGCGAUGCAGUUAAUGGCUGGACACAAUUGGUCAGGGAUACGCAGCGAACCUACCGACUUACUGAUGAUCAAAUUUUAAUCGAAAUAGCUAGCGCGGUGAAGGGACCGGCAAAAAUCUGGUUCGAGGGAGAGAGAGAAAUCGCACUCCAGGAAGAGAUCGAAUAUACGGUUACAGAAUGGAUGACCAAAUUCAAGGAUGAAUAUGGUGACCGUGACGAAGAAGUUCUUGGGUUACGGGAAGCCAUGGCAAGGAAAUUCGACCUGGGAAAAGAAACACUUGACCAGUUUUACCAGGCGAUAAUGAAAUACAAAGCGAAGCGAAUUAUCACUGAAAAACAAGCAGUCGGUUUCCUGAUCGAAGGAUGCAGAAUAGACAGUGACCUUUAUAAGGCACUGCGAACGCAACAGUGCAGAACACCAACCGAGAUCAAAGAUUUCUUCCGACAUUGGUCGGCGGGAGAGGAAAAAUAUAAAGCACCAAAAGGUCAACGCAACCAGGACUAUGUCACAAUUCGCACUGGACAAGUUGAAACGGUGCCACAACAAAGGGUCGCGGCAGCACCAGUCCAGCAGCCGGUUGAAUACCGAAGGGAGGCUCCGAUGCAAGAAGUCACCAAGGAAGUGACCUUUAUCGACAGCCAGACGGGACAACCACUUACAUAUGCAAUGGUAGCUGCGAUACAGGCGGCGGCCCAAGUGAGGCCAGUACCCCAGAAUGUGGCACCAGCGAACGCGGUGUUACCACAACAAGGAAUGGGUAACGGAAACUUUGGUGGGAACGGAUAUGGAAAUGGAAAUUGGAAUGGAGGUCAAGGGAACUUCCAGAAUCAAGGUCAAGGUCAAGGGAACUUUCAGCCAAAUAGAGGAAACCAGAAUAACUUCCAGCAGAAUCAGGGGUCACGAACGGAAUUCAAAUUUCAAAUGAUUGAUGGAUGGGUUGCAAAUGGUGCGCAGAUGUGCCAGUACUGUAUGUACGGCAACCAUCAAACACAGGGAUGUAAGUUCGCAAAUACGCCGCCAGAGCAGAAUCCGAACCUGUUCGCCUUCAGAGAGUGGCAACGCCUUCGCGCCACGGGCGGCUGGCGUCAGGCGGUGGCAAACGGAUAUGACCUGAUCGCUCAAUGGUAUCAGGCGAAAGCGAACUUUCAACAAGGAAACGGAAACUAUGGAAAUGGAAAUGGAAAUGGUGGCCAAGACGGUGGCAAUCGUAGUGGUUACGGUCGCGGCGGCUUCAGAGGAAGAAACAGAGGCUUCGGUCGUGGAAACUGGAAUGGUGGCAACCGAAACGGCGGAAAUGGAGGUGGCCAAGGAAACUACCAACAGGGUGGUGGCCAAUAUAAUAAUGGCGGCGGCGGACAGAAUCCUAACCCGGCAAAUGAUAUCGGACAACAACAAGGAAAUUUACAAGGAAAUGUGCAAGGCGCGCAACAAGGUGGGGCGCCGGUUCAGGGAAACGAACAAGAUCAGUAGGCGCCGG